AUGCUCAACCUUCCUGAGCCCCAUGGGAUGGAGGCGGCUGUCUGGAAGCUCCGAGGGACGAGACCAUGGCAGGGCAUCUAUGAGACACCAUCGGAGAGAUGGGCAAACCUUGAUGCAUCAAAUGAUACUCCGUACACGAUACUACCCCGUAUCGCCCGACAACGGACAUUCUCGCCAUCCAGGAAGUAUACCUACCUAGUACCUUACUUGCCUCCACCGGUCACACCUCAUCACCGUCGUCUCAUCACGCACACCCCAGCACAUCCAGCACAUGCCAACCACAGAGGUGAUACUCCAAUAUGCGAGGGAGACAAGAGCAGAAUGUACCAGUCGAGUCGUCUGAAAGAUACCUAG